UUUGUAGUUUUAAACCUGUAAGAAACACAAAAGAAGGUAUAUUGAAAAAUAUCUUGACUGGUUUUGUUUGUGCAGUGUGUCAAAACAAUGCAGUGGGAUCCAAAAAAACACUGGAGCCCACUGACUUUCAUUGAAAAAUUUAAAAAACAGAUAUCUAAACUUACAAAUGGCCACAAUCAAAUUAAUCCAAAUUUAAAAAAUGUUUAAUAUGAAACUAAAACAUUAUUUGAAUCAUACGAUACCCUUUUUAAAAAAUAAUAAAUAAACAUAGUAACACCAUGAUUUGCUACUUGGUUGCAUUUGGCUUUAAGAGGUGGGAUGUUUUUAUUCUAGAGCGUUUGAUUGGACAAAAAUGUGGAUACGCCUGUGAGUGCAACAUGAUGUCAUCAUUAUUUUGAGCUCAUGGUGAUGUUGGUUCCUCCGGCCGUUCCUGUGCUGCAGGGGGAGCCUGUGGCUCUCAGGUGUGUAGUCUGGGGUGGAGUGAAGCUGGAAAAGGCCAUCUUCUAUAAGGAUAAAUCAGAAAUCACGAGCUCACCUGAAGGCACAUACACCAUCACCAACGCCACACUAAGUGAUAACGGGAAGUACAGCUGCCACGCCACCUACAGGUUUAUCCAAAUCGGUGCAGAAACUGAACAGAAGGAAGGAGAUUCUGAUGCUCAGGAGUUAAAAGUUAUAGGUGGACCUCCUGCUGCAGUGAUUUCAGCGUCUACUAACAGUCUGCAGUGUUCCUGCCCUCACUGUCCUGACGACUGCACAUCCUACCACUGGUAUCACACACUCUUUAAUGACUCAUACGCACGCAAGAAACUAUCUGAAAACGACCAGUCUAUUACUGCAGAGGAAGAAGGACAGUACCGCUGCCGGAGGGAGUGUGGGAAAGGUUUCUCCCGUUUCAGCAACAUCUACAGCUACACAGGAACUCAUACUCAUUCAGGUUGACUGUAAUGAUGUAUAAAUGCACUAUCACAUACAAUUUUCAAAACACAUGUCAUUUAUUUUUAUCAUAAAUUCUUUCUCUCAGCACAAUCACAGGAGGUCGGAGGCCUGUGGUAUAUUCUGAUCGCAGGUGCAGCACUGAUUUUGUUCGAAUAAAUGAAUAAAUAAGCUUUCCAUUGAUGUAUGGUUUGUUAGGAUCAGACAAUAUUUGGCCGAGAUACAACUAAUCUGAGGGUGCAAAAAAAUCGAAAUAUUGAGAAAAUCACCUUUAAAGUUGUCCAAAUUAAUUCUUAGCAAUACAUAUUACUAAUCAUAAACGACGUUUUGAUAUAUUUACAGUAGUAAAUUUACUAAAUAUCUUCAUGGAACAUGAUCUUUACUUAAUAUACUAAUGAUUUUUGGCAUAAAAGAAAAAUCUAUAAUUUUGACCCAUACAGUGUAUUUUUGGCUAUUGCUACAAAUAUACCCCAGCGACUUAAGGCUGGUUUUGUGCUCCAGGGUCACAUAUGUACCUUUAAGGUACCAAAAUGGACCCUUUAGGUACAAACAUGUACCUUUUGAAAAAGUACCGCCCCAGUGACAGCUUUUGUAUCUUUAUUUCUGAGAGUGUAUUGGGAUGUGUGAAAAUGCUUUAAAGGAAUAGUAAGGAAAAUGUACUCACCCUCAGGCCAUCCAAGAUGUAGCAGAGUUUGUUUCUUAAUCAGAUUUGAAGAAAUGUAGCAUUCCGUCACUUGCUCACCAAUGGAUCCUCUGCAGUGAAUGGGUGCCGUGAGAAUGAGUAUAAAGAGCUGAUAAAAACAUCACAAUAAUCCACACCACUCCAGUCCAUCAGUUAACAUCUUGUGAAACCAAAAGCUGCAUGUUUGUCCACAAAAACAAAUCCAUCAAGACCUUUUUAACUUCAAACCGUUGUUUCCAGCUAAAAUAUGAGUCCAUAAUCCAUAACCCUUCUUUCUGUGAAAAAGUCCAUCUCCUGUUGUCGCUCACAUCAAAAUCCAGCCACAUAUUUGUUUAGAACUGUUUUGGCUUGUAAACAGUGCUUGAUCUGUGCAGAUUUCUCUCCACAUUCAGACAAGACCACUUUUACACCGGUUGAAAGAAGUAUUAUGGAUAGAGGACUCAUAUUUUAACCGGAAGCAACUGUUUGACAGUAAAAUGAUUUCAGUGAUUUAUCAUGUUUAUUUUUAGAUCUUAAUUCUACUAGUGUUUUUACGCGAUGCUGUUUUGUAUGUUGUUUUUAUAAAGCACUUUUAAGAGCUUCUCUUGACUAUAACAAGCAAUGUAUUUUUAGCUUCCAGUGCAUUUUCAGUUUGAUUGUGUAUCAAACACAGCUGCAUAACUGAAUGCAAUAUGCAAUAUUAAACUUUUUACU